AUGUCGGACUGCCCACCGUCGCUGAGUGCCUGGACGAGAACACAGAGCCAGGGCGAAGGAUUGACUGGACACCACCACGCUGUCAGAUCCUUUCUUGUCCACCGCCGGAGCCUAUGCCACUGGGCUAUGACUACGACAACGAGACCCGGACCUACACUUGCGCAGAUGGUUAUGCAGGGAGGCCUAGUGUCGCCUGUCGUGCCGGCCCAUCGCCAGGGUGCGAGGUUCUGGCAGCUUCCAAGCUGCAGACUGAUAGCCGCGAAGUUUCUUUCGCUGUGUUUUUUUUGGGUUCGCCGAGGAGCUCUCGGGAUGUCUGCCUCUAGCAGCAUGCCCUUGCCUCGGCCGCUGGGGCUCGCUCUCUCUUUGCUUCUGUUUGUAGCCGCGCGAUUUUUUGCCGAUCGUCAGUAG